AGCGUUAGCGUGUGGAGGUUAUACUCUGAGUGGAGUCUGAAUGCUCCCAGCUCAGUGGGAUAGAUGCUUUUUUAACCCUUUCCUUCUUUUUGUUCUUUAAUUCCUCAGUUUUUAAAUGAUUAAAAUAUGUUAAUUUUACUGUAUUUUAUUUGAUAUUGGUGGGAAGAUAAUGGGGUGUUUUGUUACGAGACCAUCUUUCCUUUGCAGAAUCUUUAGCUUUAGAGAGAGAGAGUUAGAGAGAGAGAGAGACUAUGAACUGGGGCACAAAACUUCCAUGCAACGAACCUCCUGCAUAUAAUCCCAUCUCUCUGCUUUCAUUUCAUGUCUCAAGUUCAGAUUCUUACAGGUAUUCAUCAUGGGUGCUUUCUCUCUCUCUCUAAAGCCAACUCUUGUUCACAUCAGUUUUUACCAGUAUUCUAUACUCUCUCUCUCUCUCUCUCCUCUCUCCUCUCUCCAGUGUGACCAAGUUGUUACUUGAAUAGUGGAAUCUGCGAACCCAUGAUUGAAUUUACACAUUCUCUCUCUUCCCCUUAUCUCUGUGAAAUACCAAGUUUUUUAGGAGUGGCUUCACCAAGUUUCUCUCUUUCUCUCUUUCUCUACUCUGAGAAAUACCCAUUUUUUUUAGGUGUAUUCACCAAGUUUCUCUCUCUCUUUCCCCCAAUUUCUGUUCAAAAUCAGAUUUUUUCUUAGUGUUCUCUUUCUCUCUCUCUCUUUCCGGAGGCUUGUUGGGUAAGUUCGGUAGGAAUUUAUACGGUCAAAUCAGAAGCCUUUUUUUUGCUGUUGGUUUUAUUUUUUUGAGGAACUAUUGUGGGUUUUGGGACCAUGAUCAGCGCUGGUCUUGUUCUCUCUCUAUCUCUUUCCUCUUUUUACAAUACCGUAUAGUCUUAUGCGGUUGGUUUAAUUGGCUUUUCAUAGUCAUGUCAUAGGUUUCUAAAGUGGGUUAUGUUGGAGAAACAAAAUGAAUUUCUCAAAACACGGCCUGAGACUGUUUCAUUUUCUCUCUCUAGGAAAUUUUUGUUGGAGUUUCAGAGCCUGAAUUGGGCUCAAGACUGUGAAUGAGUUAUCUGGGACUUUUGGAUCUUGAUCUGAAGCUUCCUAGUUGGUAUUCAAGGACAUGGAGGUGGGUUUUGCUUGAUUUCACCAUGAAUUUCCUCAUUGAAGCUGAAAUCGUGGAGCCGAAGGCGGGCUAUUUGGGUGGGUCUGUAAAUUCUGGUCUAAAAUGGUGGGGAAAGUUUACUGGUGGUUGUUUAAAGAGUUACUCGCAUCAGAAAACGUCUUCUUCUUCUUCUUCUAAGGUUGGAGGGACAUGGAGAAACAAGCUUCUCAUUUUGUGGCUUAUUGGUGGAUUACUGGGAUCUAUUUGUGUAUUUUGGUAUUUGCAUGGACAAAGUGUUGGGAGAAGGAGAGAGAUGCUUGCUAGCAUGUGUGAUGAGCGAGCCAGGAUGUUGCAGGACCAGUUCAAUGUGAGCUUGAACCAUGUCAGGGCCUUAGCCAUUCUGGUUUCAACUUUUCACCAUGAGAAGAAUCCUUCUGCCAUCGAUCAGAGAACUUUCGCAGAGUACACAGAGAGAACUGCCUUCGAGAGGCCCCUGACCAGUGGAGUCGCUUAUGCAGUGAAAGUGCUUCAUUCUGAUAGGGAGCGAUUUGAGAGGCAACAAGGUUGGGUUAUUAAGAGAAUGGAUGCUCAAGACCAAGCACCUGUUCCAGAUGAUGAGUAUUUCACUGAAAAGCAGCAGCCAUCACCUGUGCAAGAUGAAUAUGCUCCUGUUAUCUUUGCUCAGAACACCGUUUCCCACAUUGUUUCUCUUGACAUGAUGUCUGGAAAGGAGGACCGUGAGAAUGUCCUACGAGCUAGAGCAUCUGGGAAGGGGGUCCUUACAAGUCCUUUUCGACUUCUUAAAUCCAUGAGGCUUGGAGUUGUCUUAACGUUUGCUGUGUAUAAGAAACACCUUCCAUCUGAUGCAACACCCAUGGAACGCAUUCAUGCAACUGAGGGGUAUCUUGGUGGAGCUUUUGAUGUAGGUUCUCUGGUAGAGAAGCUGUUGCAGCAACUAUCAAGUAAACAGACUAUCAUCGUGAAUGUUUAUGAUACCACCAAUGCUUCAGCUCCCAUUAGUAUGUAUGGUUCAGAGAAUCCAGAUAUGGUAGAUGAUAGUAUGCACCACGUUAGCAAUCUUAACUUUGGGGACCCAAUCAGGAAUCAUGAGAUGCAUUGCAGAUUCAAGCACAAGGCUCCCUUUCCAUAUUUAGCAAUUACGACCUCAGUUGGGGUCCUUGUGAUCGCCUUCCUGGUAGGGCAUAUCUUCCAGGCAGCAGUAAAUCGCAUUGCAGAGGUGGAGCAUGACUACCAAGAAAUGAUGGAGCUCAAAAUGAGGGCUGAAGCAGCAGAUGUGGCAAAAUCCCAGUUCUUAGCAACUGUUUCACAUGAAAUCAGGACUCCAAUGAAUGGUGUGCUAGGUAUGUUGCAGAUGCUUCUUGAUACCGAAUUAGAUGUAACACAACAAGACUAUGCAAAAACUGCACAGGGGAGUGGAAAAGCCCUGAUAAACCUCAUAAAUGAGGUUCUGGAUCAGGCCAAGAUUGAAUCUGGUAAGCUUGAGCUCGAAGCUGUCCAAUUUGAUGUACGAGCAGUGUUGGACGAUAUCUUAUCUCUUUUUGCGGGGAAAUCCCAAGACAAAGGAAUUGAGUUAGCAGUAUAUGUCUCCGAUCAGGUCCCAGAUAUUCUUAUAGGAGACCCAGGAAGGUUCCGACAAAUCAUUACUAAUCUUGUUGGGAAUUCUGUUAAAUUCACAGCGAAAGGGCACAUCUUUGUCUCCCUGCACCUUGUGGAGGAGGUUGAGAGUUUGAUGGAGAUCUCCACAGAAGCAGCACCAAAUAUAUUGUCAGGGCCUAUAAAGAAUGGUCUGAUAAACCUCUAUAAUACAUUGAGUGGAUAUCCUAUUGCAGACAAGAGAAGAAGUUGGGAAAACUUUAAGGCAUUCAAUAGAGAGGGAUGCCUAUCUCCAAAGACUUGCUCCCAAAGCUCCUUUGAUUCCAUUAAUUUGCUCAUUACUGUUGAGGAUACAGGUGUUGGAAUCCCCAAGGAAGCUCAAGCUAGGGUUUUUACCCCCUUCAUGCAAGCUGAUAGCUCCACCUCUCGCACCUAUGGUGGAACUGGUAUUGGUUUAAGUAUAAGCAAGUGCCUGGUCGAGCUCAUGAAUGGGGAAAUUGGGUUUGUGAGUGAACCUAAUAUUGGUUCUUGUUUCUCCUUCACAGCUGUCUUCACAAGAGGCAAAAGCGCUUCAAAUGGGUUCAAAGGUUAUAAACCCAACCAAUCAGAUUUGGGGAUAUUUGAGCUAAAGGGAAUGAGGGCAUUGGUAGUUGACCCAAGGCCUGUGCGUGCUAAGGUGACAAAGUAUCAUCUUGAGAGACUAGGACUGCAAGUUGAAAUUGCCACUGAUUUUGGGCAAGCUCUCUUUACUUUAACCAAUGGCUCGAGACCUUUUGAGAUGGUCCUUGUUGACAAAGAGGCUUGGCUUCAUGGGUCAAAUGUGUCUCGCCUUCUGCCUAGGAAGAAUGGAAGCCCCCACGUACCAAAAUUGUUUCUUUUGGCCACGUCUAUGAGCCCGACCGAGAUAAGUUCUGCUAAGUCAGCUGGUUGUGCAGAGACAGUAAUUGUGAAGCCACUCAGAGCAAGUAUGUUGGUUGCCUCUCUGCAAAGAGGUAUGGGCUAUGGAAGCAAAAGAAACAAUUUGAGUCAAGGGCUGGCUAUUUCAUCAUUAAAGAGUUUAUUGCAAGGAAAGAAGAUUCUUGUUGUGGAUGACAAUUUGGUGAAUCUUAGAGUAGCGGCUGGUGCCUUGAAGAAGUAUGGAGCCAGUGUUGCUUGUGCUUCUAGUGGGAAAGCUGCACUGUUGAUGCUCAAGCCACCUCAUGACUUCAAUGCUUGCUUCAUGGAUGUUCAGAUGCCAGAAAUGGAUGGUUUUGAAGCUACGAGACGUAUUAGAGAUAUGGAACAUGAGUUGAAUGAUAAGAUUGAGCAUGGAGAAGCAUUACCAGAUGCAAAUGGGAAUGUGAGGCGUUGGCAUAUACCCAUAUUAGCCAUGACAGCUGAUGUAAUUCAAGCCACACAAGAAGCAUGCUCAAGGUGUGGAAUGGAUGGUUACGUGUCGAAACCAUUUGAAGAAGAUAAAUUAUAUCGUGAAGUAGCGAGAUUCUUCUAAUCAAUGUCAAUGUUCAAAACAAAGAUUCUUCUAAUCAAUGUCACAACAAGUGGCUAAAGAAGGCUCAAUUUUGGCCUGGAGGUUCCCGAAUUGUUCUGGCUCUUCCUGUGCAGUUCCUAAAUGUUAAAUUGCAAUUGUAUGACACAAAUGAUGGAGGCUCUGGACUCAUCGGGAACUAUGCUGGAACUAAUUCGAUUGUACAGUCAUAUUUCUUGGAGUAGAUACCAUGCUGUCCGUUGUGUAUGAGAUAUUUAAUCUAGCAUUCUUUUGCCGUAAAGAUCGCUUGUCCGAUUCAAUGGCUCGAGUCCCCAAGUUGAAAGGGAACCCAUUACAGCAUAAAUCAUAAUUUGGAAGUUCGAUUUUAGAAGAUGAUGAACUCAGGAUUGGACAAAGCUGCAGAUGGUCAAUGGAUGUAUAUGACUAUCAUGCUUUAUAGAGAAAUGAUUCAAAGGAAAAUCCAUCUUAUGAAAAAGGAUGUGGUGCUUUUUUUCCUUCUGCGCUGAUCCUCUGCAAAAAGAAAUGUGAGCAAUUGAAUUAUGUAUUUGUGAAGCUUCCAUUAUUUUGUAUAGUAUUGGUAAAGAAGCCUUAUAACUCAUGAUGCUUUACUUUUUGGUAAUUAUGUUUCACGGUGAUAUACAUGUACAUAUAAUGAAUUGCCAAUAGAUUCAAUUUAGUGGUGAUGACUGAAUUGAGAAGAUGCAA